CUUGUGACGGCUUUUACUUUUGCGAAUUGAAUAGUGUCUUAAUACAAUAGCUUUUCAAAUAUUUUUCUUACUUUCCCUACAAGUUUAUUAUGCCACCCAAGAAGAAGCAAACCAGUUCCUUAGGUAGAGCUGUUAUCAAGUCCCGUUUCCAAGGCCAAAAGGCUAUUGCUAUUGACGAAGGAAAACUGCAUACAACAGAUAUCGAAAAUGAACCUAAGUGGGUCAAAAUGCAAAGUAUUACUCAAGAAAAUGAUUUGGAUGCUUUUUUGAGUACUGCUGCUCUUGCUGAAACAGACUUUACUGCUGAGCGUCUUAACGUCAAAGUAAUCCAAAAUGAUUAUCAAAAUCCCUUUUUACCUUCUGACCAAGAAGAAAGAAAACGUAUUGAAAAGCAAGAAGCCAAUCUGGAUAAAUUAUCAGUACCUCGUCGACCUCACUGGGAUAAAUCCAUGACAGCAGAACAAGUACAACGUAAUGAAAGAGAAAGCUUUUUAGAAUGGCGUCGUAGCAUGGCUAGAUUAGAAGAUGAAGAAGGAUUAUUAUUAACACCUUUUGAAAAGAACUUGGAAGUAUGGCGUCAAUUGUGGCGUGUGAUUGAGCGAUCCCAAUUAAUUGUUCAAAUUGUGGAUGCUCGUAACCCUAUGUUGUUUCGAUCUGCUGACCUUGAGAAGUAUGUAAAGGAAGUUGACGAUAACAAGGCCAAUUUGUUAUUGAUCAACAAGGCUGAUUUCUUGACAGAAAAGCAAAGAACACAAUGGGCAGAUUAUUUUGAUGCUCAAGGUAUCAAAUAUACUUUCUUUUCUGCUGCGCUUGCUACUGAAAAAUUACAACAAGAGGAAGAAGAAAGACAACGUCAAGAAUUAGAAGCAAGUCUUCAUGCUCAUGAACAACAAAAGGAAGAUGACUCAGAUAAAGAUGUAGUAGAAGAAACACAAGAGAUCAAGGAAACAAAAGAAGAGCUUGAAGAAAUUACAGAGCAUUUGUCCAAGUCUUCACUAGACAAGAAUGUUGGCGAUGAUCGUAUUCGUAUUCGUACAACGACUGAUUUAUUAGAUUUGCUUAUUGCUCAUACACCUAUUACUAAAGGUGAAGAUGGUGAAGUAGACAGAGUAACCAUUGGUUUAGUGGGCUAUCCUAAUGUAGGUAAAUCAAGUACUAUCAAUGCCAUUAUUGGUGAGAAGCGUGUCUCUGUAUCAUCUACACCUGGUAAAACAAAGCAUUUCCAGACUAUUCACUUGACAUCUUCUCUUGUUCUUUGUGAUUGCCCUGGUCUUGUGUUCCCUACUUUCUCAACCACUAAGGCUGAUCAAGUCUGUAACGGUGUCUUGCCUAUUGAUCAAUUGCGUGAAUACAGUGGACCUUGUGGACUUGUUGCCCAACGUAUUCCUAAAGCUGUCCUUGAAGCAACAUACGGUAUUCGUAUCCGCACAGUACCUAUUGAAGAUGGUGGUACUGGUAUUCCUACAAGUUCUGAAUUAUGUGCCACUUAUGCUAUUGCUCGUGGCUAUGUUCGUUCUAGUCAAGGUAAUCCCGAUGAAGCCCGUGCUGCUAGAUACAUCUUGAAGGAUUAUGUGAAUGGUAAACUCUUAUACUGUCACCCUCCUCCCAAUGUGGAUGGAAUAGAAUUUAACAAAGAAAUCAAUGAAGCUGCCCUUAAAGUAGUCAAGAAACUAGCUCCUACCACACGUGUACCUGCCACUGCGUUAAAUUAUGUUGCUCCUGCUGAUGGCACACCCAAUCAAUCCGGAUCAAAGACAGCAGCUGUCGAUAAAGCCUUCUUUGAAAAGCAAUUCUCUCGGCCUCAAGUGAGCGGCAAGAUGUCAGCCAACUCUUCUUUGACAGGUGGUCGUGUUACAUUAUAUCCUCAUCAACGUAUACUUGCUGAUGAUGGUACAGCGAUAAGCAGAAAAGAACGUAUGGCCAUGGUGCAAGCUAAUCUUGGUGAUGCCAAUAUUGGAUCUAAAAAGCAUAAGAAAGGAAAAAAGCAUGUCAAAGUGAGAAGUGGUGCUGGGUACGAUUACUUGUAAAUUUCUGUAAAAUAAAUGCAUAUUCGUAUGAUAUCUUUCUUCAUGUAAAUCGUAUGAACAAUAGGUUUUCUCUCACUAUUCUAAAAAACAAAUUUACAUUUUAUGAAAGCUGUCAAUGGCAUUCUAGAGAACAGAAGAGAGUAUGUCAAUGUCAAACGGCUAUUGAUACUUGUGGCGAUACCACAGAGCAUUCAUCGCUUUCUUUAAUUCGACGUAUGAAGCUAUUAAACACUUGAAAAUUAGACGUGCAAGUAAAGUUACUGAGAGCUUCUUCUUUCUUUCAGGGGGUCUAAAAUGAGUUUCCACUUUGAACCAUGCAAC